AUGAGUACAUCGAAUGACUUAUUAUCAUGUCCAAUAUCAUUUGUAUUAUUUCAUGAUCCAGUCGUAGCACAAGAUGGUCAUACAUACGAAAGAGCUGCUAUUGAAGACUGGAUUCGAAGAAAUGGUAAAAGUCCGAUUACACAACAACGGUUAUCUAUUAAACAUCUCUAUCCAAAUCAUCUGGUAACGAGGAUUGUCGAUUCUUUCGAGGAGUUCACACGCAAUAAAAAAUAUCAAUUUACAUUGGACAUCGACAUACGCAAAUCCGAUCGACCAUUCUUUCAAACGCAAACAAAAUCGAUCUACAAUGCUCAAUGGUUACUAAAUAAUGACAAUUUAUCCGAAAUCGUUCUUUUGAAAAUUAAUGGUGCUCGAGCAAGAAAAGAAGCAUCGUUCUAUGUUGAACUCACUCGUCAUCCAAAUAUUGUUCGAACAUUUGAUUUUGUCAACGACAAAGAUGAUAAUCGACAGAACGGAGCAGUACUUUUAAUACAAGAGUAUGCAUGUAAAGGAAGUUUGUAUGAUUUAUUGCAAGAGCAACCAGUGCUUCCCAAUGAAAAAGUUCUUGUACAAAUGUUUCUUCAAAUUAUUGAGGCAAUGAUAUAUUUGGCAUCGAAUCAAGUCAUUCACGGUGAUUCAGCAUGUCGAAGUGCUCUUGUAUUUCAUGCUGAUCCAAAUAAUCCAGAAAACAAUGUUGUAAAACUUACUGAUUUCGGUCUCAGUCGUGCUAGUCAAUUGUUUUCAGUAGUACCUAGUAGCGCACAAACACAGCUGGAUAUAGUUCCUGUUCGAUAUGCUGCACCUGAAAUACUAUUAGAUAGUACACAACCUGAUCAUUAUACAGAAAAAUCUGAAGUAAAUUCGAUGGGUGUAUUGAUGUGGGAAGCAUAUUCACGAUCUACAUUACCAUGGACUAAUGUAGAAAGAGAUGAGGACGUUAUUCAGCUAGUAACAAUGGGGGAUGUUCUACCUCAGUCGUCAAAUUGCAGUCAACCAUAUUGA